GGACGGCAGAGGAGACGGGAGAGGUUUUCCUCCACAUAAAUGAACGCAUACCCGUAGCCGACGCGGAUGACAGACGGAGAAAUUAAGGGCGAAAUGGCGAAAGACCAAGACGUGGUGCGCAUCGCUAAAAGGCUUGACAAAAUGGUGCUAAAGAAAAACACGGAUGGCGCCAUUGACCUGCUGAAGCAACUGGAAAGUACUAAAAUGUCUCUGGAGACCCUGCAGUCAACCAGGAUUGGGAUGUCGGUGAAUGCUGUGAGGAAGCAGAGCUCAGACGCGGAAGUUCAGACUCUGGCCAGGUCUCUCAUUAAGUCCUGGAAGAAACUUCUGGAAGGUGACGAGAAAAAGAAGAAAGGAGAGAGUGAUCCUGUGGAAUCGCCCUCCACUUCCAAAGACUCUGGGACCAGUAAGAGUAAGAAGGCCCCAAAAACCUCUACCACCCCUGCCCCCCCGUCUCGGAUCACGUCCUUCCCCCCUGACCCCGUCAUCGCUGACGGUGUGCGGCUCAAGUGUCGAGAGCUACUUGUGGCUGCGCUGCAGACAGAUGGUGACCACAUGACCAUUGGCGCCAACUGUGACCACCUUGCAGAGCAGAUAGAAGACUUGAUCUUCCAGGAGUUCAAGGCGACAGACAUUAAGUACAAAAACCGCUUACGGAGCCGCAUCUCCAACCUGAAGGACCAGAAGAACCCAGAUCUCCGCAAGAACGUCCUGUGUGGAACCAUCUCACCUGAACGCAUUGCCACCAUGACUGCUGAGGAGAUGGCCAGCGCUGAGUUGAAGCAGAUCAGGGACGAUCUGACUAAAAAGUCAUUCAGAAACCACCAGUUGUCCAAAGUAGGAGGGACGGAGACAGAUAUGUUUAUCUGUAAGAACUGUCAGAGCAAGAACUGCACUUAUACACAGGUGCAGACGGUCAGCGCUGAUGAGUCCGUCACUACAUUUGUGCUAUGCAACUUCUGUGGCAACAGAUGGAAGGUGCAUGAGUUACUGUUGUCAUGGACGUCAAUGGAAAGUCGAAGUGCUGGGUUUGCUGAAAGGACAGCUGUCCCCUGUGCCAGGAUUGAGGUGCACCAGAUACCUAUUUGUAGCUAUGGCCCCAUGUACAAUCCUCCACUGGAGGUCACCUGUCUGUUUGUUAAAGGGGAGGUUUGUACAGGGACUGCCAACAGCCCCUUGGGAAUGACCCCACACCAAAAAAACUCUGUCCACCUCAACACGUUCCCCCCUGCCAGGGAACGCAAGUUUGAAACCUUCACACUGAUAUAA